AUGUCUUCAUUUCCAGGAACCGGAAGCGCCGCUCGUCCGUUGAUCGUGCCGCGCCGGCCCAGAUCUUUCACACAACUCAGCCAUCGGAUUUCUUUGAACGAAAGCGUAGUUCAAGAAAUUCCCAUCGAAGAACAAGUUCCAUCCGACUCGUCCUCAGGAUCGGAACCUGAAACCGACAUUGCCUCGCAAGAAACACCAUCAACCCUGGAGACUAAACAACGCAAGGGUCUCCAAGAACUACACACCGAGUACGAAAAACGGAUGAAUGAAAUCAAAGCCAUGCACUUUCGGCGUCGAAACGAAAGUCGACGGGCGUAUGACAACAAAAGGACGAAUGCCAUUGAUGAUUACAACAAGGCUGGGUGCUGGGGGAUCUUCCGAUUUUCUCCCCGGCGCAAACUUGACGCGAUUGACCGGGACCAAGAAAAUGCCGACAAUUACUUUGCCAAGUCUCAAAGAAUCGAGCGUAGAGCGGUCGAGAGAAGAUUUGAAGAUCGUGAGGAGCUUUGCAUACACUGUUAUAGGAGAAUGUGGAAGAAGAUGUAUCCUUCGAUACCAUUCUGGUACGAUAGACCAAACCCAGAUGCACUAGACAUACCAGUCAUGACGUAUUAUCAGCCAAUCGAUUAG